AAAGAGCACCAUCAUUUUCCGUUGUUUGUUUGUCUGUUUGUCACACACCAUGAUGAUGAUGUUUUCGAUUGCUUGGAUUCUGGUGGUGCUGGUAGUGGCAUGGAACAACUUGGAUGCCGCUCCUACUCUCUACUUUUAUGAUGCUGCGGCGACGUGGACGGGGGGAUGGCAGCAUUCCAGUCUUCAAAACAAGACCAUUUGGAUCACGGGCGCUUCGUCGGGCAUUGGAGCGUCCAUGGUCUGUCAAGCCUUACAGGCAGGUGCCGCCCAUGUCAUUUUGAGUUCUCGGAAACGCGACAAGCUGCUCAAUGUGGCGUCCAAAUGUCAAUCUCUAUUGGGAUCGAAAUAUCAUCCCGAACACACCAAAAUGUCCAUUGUCCCCUACGACGCUGCCAACAAUAGCACUACCACAAUGGAAGCCACCAUUGUCGAUCGCGUCUGGAAAGCCUGUGGGGACGACCCUUUGGAUAUGGUCAUUCUCAAUGCCGGCGUCUAUCAAAAUCAACCCGCCAUGCUCACCACAAAACAAGAACGAGAUUACGUCACACGCGUCAAUUAUCAAGCCCCCGUCGAUUUGACGCAAGCGUUGCUCGAAAAAUGGAAAACUCAUGACAACCCAAAAGGACACAUUGUCGUUGUGGCAUCCAUCAUGGCCCAUGGACCCUACGGACUCUCCAGUACUUAUGCCGCUUCCAAAGCCGCGUUACGGACCUACUUUUGGUCACUCGCCACGGAAGAAUCGCAGUGGUUGACAGUCAAUAUGGCAUGUCCCGCCGCCACCCUGACAGGGUUUUGGAAUCCAGUCGCAUCGACACUCCACGCGGGAGGAUCCGCCAUGACGGCCGAUCGGGUCGCCCAUUUGAUUUUGACGGGAAUCUCUGGACCUUACAUGUUAUUCUAUGAAACAUGGAUUACCAAAAUGCCGGGCAUCCUCUGGUUGGGGUUGGCGCACUAUACGCCCGGAUUGUUUCUCGCCUUUUCCCACUUUUUGGCUUACAUACGAGUCCCCAUUUGGUAUCACGAACGCAUCGAUGCCAUGGAUGUGUCAUUGCUAAUGACACGGUUUGUACAAAUUGUCAUGGGACAGUAUCCGCCGGUGGUGGUGGAGACGUAGAGCAUCGAGGACGCACGAGCGACUAUACAAAACAAAACGACAAUACGCAAUGGAAUCGAAAAACGUACGUACCGAUUGAGUGAGUCAGUCGGCUCUAUUUUUGAAAAAUGGCUAUGCGUUUUCUGUAAAAUGAAUGGAUGCAUACUUGAUGUAUGUAUGUAUGUGAUGGCGAGAGUCCAUCGAUGGUGGCGGAGCUUACUCUAGCUAGGUGGAUGUAAAUGAAGGGUUUUUUCUUGUCACCACAUUCUGAUAUCUUGUUAUUAGUGACAGCGUAGCUGGUCACGCAAUGGGUCGCUUCGUCGUGCAUAUACCGGUAGCAUUGGAAGCAUGUUUGCCAUAGCGAUCCAGAGCGAGUGCGUCAAUGGUGGCAUGGCGGAGCAGUGGCUGGUGGGGCUUACUGGAUAAACGGAAAUGAAGUGUUUCGCGUUGCCACCACACUCUGAUAGUAACUUGCUUGCUUGCUUGCUUGUUAGUGUCAGUGUAGCUAGCUCGCCAGUAGUCAUUGUGGGAUCACAGUGGACCGCUGUUUCGCUUGGUGCAUAUUGCAUUAGUAGAAAGCAAAGCAAAGGAAGCACACUGAAAGCAUUCAAAUUUCACUACCUUGCUUUGCCGCCCUUGUUCAAGUUGCUUGGCUUGUGGACAGCCUGCAGUGGUCUCAUCUGGCUGGGUCCUGUAAGCUGUUCUGUACUAGCUGGCUCCAACUCCAGGCAAGUCUUUUGCC